AUGUCGCGGCGUGCCGCGGACAGCAUGUCCCCCCAGAUGUUUGGUCCCGAGAGUCACCCUCGCUUCAGCACCAUCACAGAUGCCUUCAAGCACCAGGUCCUCACCAAUCCGGACUCCCUCGCCGCAGUGAGCCUAUCGGCCGCGCACAAGUUCGAGGAGAUCACGUACCGGGCCCUCUCGAACCGCGCGGCGCGCCUGGCAGUCGAGAUGCGACGUCUUGGUGUGCGUCCCGGCGACCGCGUGCCCUUGGUGGUCAAGCGUGGCAUCCACAUGCUAGUGGGCAUCAUCGCCGUGCUCUCCUGCGGCGCGCAGUAUGCGCCCCUCGACGGCGGCGUCGUGCCAGACUCUACGCUGCGCUUCGUGGUGGAACAUAAUUGCGGUGGGCGUGGCGUCGUGCUGGCCAUGGGCAUGACGAAACAUCGCCUAGGCGAGUUUCGUGGUCUCAGCGUUAUUUGUAUUGAUGAGCCCUGUGAGCUUAGUGGCGAUGAGAGUCUCGCAGAUGAUCUUGUGCUGGAGAACUUCGCAGAGCCCGACACUGGGUGCUACAUUAUCUACACUUCAGGUGAUUUGGGAAUCACGACUGGGACGAAAGUUGGUCAGACCCUCAACAUCAGCUUUGACAUGGAUUGGAAUGCGUGUAUAAAAGAGGUGAGGAAGGAAGUGAAGUUGGAUACAGCAAAAGCUGACACGAAGCAGAUUGAGGUGCUCAUCUGCACGCCGACCAUUCUCGCAAAAUAUGAACCCCAGGACUAUCCCAAGAUCAAGACCGUCGCCACAGCCGGAGAGCCAACCUCCCAACGAUUGGCCGAUAAAUGGGCCGAAAACAAGACGUACUACAACUGCUGCGGUCCUACUGAGACCACAAUUGUCAACACUAUGCACAACCACGUCAGUGGCGGGCCACUGACUAUUGGAAAGCCAACCCCCGGCAACAAUGUCUACAUUCUCAACGAAAACCACGAGCUUGUUCGCGAUGGUGAGCCUGGGGUUAUGUGGGCCGGUGGUCUUGGAGUGUCCAAGGGCUAUGUCGGACUUCCUGAGAAGACUGCAGAGCGAUACGUCCCGGAUCUGUUCUUGGACAUGAGAUCGAAAACGUACAACACCGGCGACCUUGGAAAAUGGCUGGCCGAUGGAUCGAUCGAAAUACUUGGCCGAGUGGAUGACCAGGUGAAGGUAAAGGGCUUCCGAGUUGAGCUCGAUGGAGUCACCGCCUCGGUCAACUCUUGCAGUGUCGUCGACAGAGGCGUCGUGCUUUUCUGGGGCGGCGAGAUUCACGCAUUCAUCACACCAGCCAACGCCGACGUUGACGCUGUCAAAACUCACCUGCAGACGCGCCAGCCAUACUACGCCGUUCCUUCGCAUUUCAAUCUUCUCAAUGAGCUUCCCGUAACCCCCAACGGUAAGAUUGACAAGAAGCUGCUCAAGGAAUCCGCCUCUGGCACUCAGACGUCGGUCGUCGAGAAGCCCAGCUCUACUGCGGACACGACGACUCCGCCAAGCCUCGAAAAGCAACUAUCUGUGACAACCGAGACGACUUUGUGCGAGUGGUCGAAAUCGAGUUCGGUCUCCACCUCGAGCUCGAGCUUUGUGGACGAGAAGGCCGGGGUCGUCGACCUGGAGGCUGCUGUGCCUGACAAGACGCAGAGCAAGACGGUUCGCGGUAUCCGCCAUCGCGUGUUGAUCGUCUACCGACAACUGUUCACUCUCAUGGCUCUUCUCAACAUAGCCACCGUCAUCAUAGUGGCCUUUACGGGCUUCCAGCGCGAAGCUGUCGGCACCAUCACCGCUGUCAACCUCACCAUUGCCGUCCUCAUGAGACAGGAGUUUGUCAUCAACGCCAUUUACACGACAACGUGCAGCGUUCCCAAGUCCUGGCCUCUCUGGAUCCGCACCCGGGCCGCUCGUGUCUUCCACCUCGGUGGCGUCCAUUCAGGGGCUGGUGUCAGCGCAGCGCUCUGGAUGUUUGCUAACACGGCCGGCGACACAGCCUGCAUGGCGUUGGGUACUUGCAAUGGACACUGGGGGAAAUUAUCACUCGCUGCUAAGAUUAUCGCAUGGAUCAUCGCCGCUCUCUUCAUUGCCAUGCUAGCCAUGGCGUACCCGUCGGUUCGCAAGGCGCAUCACGACAAGUUCGAAAUCUUCCACCGAUUCGUGGGUUGGACUCUGCUCGGCCUCUUCUGGGCACAAGUGGUUCUCACCGCCAAGGACACAAAGGCUUCCGAUGUUUCCCUUGGAACGGCUGCGGUGAGAACACCAUCGCUGUGGCUCCUGGUUGUUGCCACGCUCAGCGUCGCCUCGUCUUGGUUCUGGCUCAAAAAGGUUCCCGUCAAGGCCGAGCCCCUGUCUAAGCACGCGAUACGCCUGCAUUUUGACUACACGGUUCCGGUCAACGGCUCGUUCACGCGACUGUCUCAUAAACCGCUCCUCGAGUGGCACUCGUUCGCCACCAUCCCUGCCCCCGAGGCUGUGGACGGCAACCCCAAAGGCUACUCGCUUGUCGUCUCCAACGCCGGUGACUGGACGCGCGCUAUGGUCGAAAACCCCAGCCCCAAGAUCUGGGUGCGUGGCGUGCCGACGUGUGGUGUCAUGCGCAUCGCAACCCUCUUCAACCGCGUCGUCAUUGUCGCCACCGGUUCGGGCAUUGGUCCCCAGCUCGGCCACAUCCUCAACCCAUCGUGCCCGACGAAGCUCCUCUGGUCCACAAAGGAUCCCGAGAACACAUUUGGCAAGCCCAUGUGCGACCUGCUCAAGUCCAAGUGCCCGGACGCCGUAAUCUGGGACACCCGCACCCAGGGCCGCCCGGACCUCGUCAAGAUGUCAUACAACCUCGCCAAGGACUUUGACGCGGAGGCGGUCAUCAUCAUCGCCAAUGAGAAGAUUACCAAAAAGGUGGUCUACGGCCUGGAGACGCGUGGCCUGUCUGCCUAUGGGGCGAUUUGGGACAGUUAG